AUGGUCUACCGUACUGAUAUAAGCCAGUACAAGAAAAGCCGUGAACUGAUUGAUCGGUAUGAAGGUGGCUUGGAUGCAUUCUCUCGUGGCUACGAAAAAUUUGGCUUUAUCCGCAGUGCUGAUGGUAUUACUUACCGUGAGUGGGCCCCUGGAGCAAAGUCAGCAGCACUGAUAGGAGACUUCAACAAUUGGAACCCCAAUGCUGAUGUCAUGAAUCAGAAUGAGUUUGGUGUGUGGGAGAUUUUUCUGCCGAAUAAUGCAGAUGGCUCACCUCCUAUACCCCAUGGCUCAAGUGUCAGGAUACGCAUGGAUACUCCAUCUGGCAUUAAAGAUUCAAUUCCUGCAUGGAUAAAGUUCUCUGUACAAGCCCCAGGUGAAAUAUCAUACAGCGGAAUAUACUAUGAUCCCCCUGAGAGGAAAAAAUAUGUGUUUCAACAUCCUCAACCAAAAUCUCCAAAAUCAUUGCGCAUUUAUGAAUCACAUGUGGGGAUGAGUAGUCCGGAGCCCAAGAUUAACACGUACGUUAGCUAGGAUGAUGUCCUACCUCGAAUCAAAAGGCUCGGAUACAAUGUUGUUCAGAUAAUGGCCAUUCAGGAGCAUUCAUAUUAUGCAAGCUUGGGGUAUCAUGUUACUAAUUUUUUCGCGCCUAGUAGCCGUUUUGGAACACCAGAAGAACUCAAGUCUUUGAUCGACAGAGCUCAUGAGCUCGGUCUGCUUGUUCUCAUGGAUAUUGUUCACAGCCAUGCAUCGAACAAUGUCCUGGAUGGGUUAAAUCAGUUUGAUGGAACUGAGACACAUUACUUCCAUACUGGUUCACGAGGUUAUCAUUGGAUGUGGGAUUCUCGCCUUUUCAAUUAUGGAAGUUGGGAAGUGCUAAGGUUUCUACUUUCAAAUGCAAGAUGGUGGCUAGAGGAGUACAAGUUUGAUGGUUUCAGAUUUGAUGGUGUAACCUCAAUGAUGUAUACUCACCAUGGGCUACAAGUAACGUUUACUGGGAAUUACAAUGAGUACUUUGGAUAUGCAACUGACAUGGAUGCAGUGGUCUAUCUGAUGCUGGUAAAUGAUAUGAUUCAUGGGCUUUAUCCUGAGGCUGUCACCAUUGGUGAAGAUGUCAGUGGAAUGCCAACAUUCUGCAUCCCUCUUCAUGAUGGUGGUGUAGGAUUUGAUUAUCGCCUUCAUAUGGCUAUUGCUGAUAAAUGGAUUGAACUUCUCGAGUUAAAGGAUGAGGAUUGGAAAAUGGUAGAUAUUGUUCACACUCUCACAAAUAGGAGAUGGUUAGAGAAAUGUGUUGUUUAUGCCGAAAGCCAUGAUCAAGCUCUUGUUGGUGACAAGACUAUUGCAUUCUGGCUAAUGGACAAGGAUAUGUAUGACUUUAUGGCUCUUGAUAGACAAUCAACUCCUCGGAUAGAUCGUGGAAUAGCUCUACACAAGAUGAUUAGACUAAUCACAAUGGGCUUAGGUGGAGAAGGAUAUCUUAAUUUUAUGGGAAAUGAAUUUGGGCAUCCAGAAUGGAUAGAUUUUCCUAGAGGCGACCAGCAUCUUUCGAAUGGAAUGGUCAUACCAGGGAACAAUUAUAGCUUUGACAAAUGCCGCCGCAUGUUUGAUCUAGGAGAUGCAGAUUAUCUCAGGUAUCAUGGAAUGCAGGAAUUUGAUCAAGCAAUGCAGCAUCUUGAAGAGAAAUAUGGUUUCAUGGCAUCAGAGCAUCAAUAUAUAUCGCGAAAAGAUGAAGGGGAUAGGAUGAUUGUUUUUGAGAGAGGAGAUUUAGUAUUUGUUUUCAAUUUCCAUUGGACUAAUAGCUAUGUUGACUACCAAGUUGGUUGCUUAAAGCCUGGAAAAUACAAGGUGGUUUUAGAUUCUGAUGGUAUACCUUUUGGUGGAUUCAAUCGAAUUGAUCGCACUGCAGAGUUCUUCAGCAUUGAAGGUCCAUAUGAUAAUAGGCCCCGUUCCUUCUUGGUGUAUGCCCCAAGUAGAACAGCUGUCGUGUAUGCUCAAUCUGAGGACUGAUUUCACAUUGUGAAGUCAUUUAGUAAUGUAAGAAAAGCUGCAUGAGAAUCAUAUGGUUUGUGCCAUCUCAAAGCAUCAUGAAGGCGGUAAGAGUAUGCAUUGCAGCUGAUGCUGCUGAAAAAAUUUAUGGUCAAGCCGUCAAGGUUCCGCAAGCAAGAAUGAUUCGAUCAUUAAUCUUUUCUUGGAACGAAGUAUCACGGGUGACCUGCCAGCUCAUUCAACAGAUGGCUUCUAUCCUUUUCCGAUUACUGUCUGCAAAUGCCGUGGCAUUAUGUACGUUCUCUUACCCACGUUUUUGGUCCAAAUCCAUGGAACCUUUCAUGCGCAUCUGUCUACUUUUUUAUAUUAUUUAUGAAUAAAUUAUCCGUUCAAAUUA